GUAUGGAUAACAGGCUUGCCGAAGCUUGAACGUCAAGAGCACUACGACCAAGGUCCAUACGCCGUCAUUCUUGCACCGACGAGAGAAUUGGCGCAGCAGAUCGAAGAGGAAACCAAUAAGUUCGGAGAAUUGCUGAAGAUCCGAACUGUCUCAGUUAUAGGAGGAGCCUCGCGUGAAGAUCAAGGAAUGAAACUCCGAAUGGGAGUCGAAGUUGUCAUUGCCACUCCCGGGCGUCUUUUAGACGUACUGGAAAAUAGAUACCUUCUUCUUAACCAAUGCUCCUAUGUUAUUCUCGAUGAGGCUGAUCGUAUGCUGGACAUGGGAUUUGAGCCGGAAGUUCAAAAGGUCCUCAGUUAUUUGCCAGUUUCCAAUCAGAAACCUGACACUGAUGAUAUUGAACACGAGGAAGCGUUAAUGAACAAUUUUGCUACAAGGGACAAAUACCGUCAGAUUGUCUACAUGUUGUCAGAAGACAAAAAGAGAAAGAAAUUGGUCGAGGUGUUGGAGCAACACUUUGAACCGCCUAUCAUCAUCUUCGUUAAUCAGAAGAAGGGUGCUGACCUUCUAGCGAAGGGUCUCAGCAAAUUGAAUUUCAAUCCUGUCGUCCUUCAUGGUGGCAAAGGCCAGGAAACGAGAGAGUAUGCGCUGCAGGCUCUCAAGGAUAAAACAAAAGAUAUCCUUGUUGCAACUGACGUCGCAGGAAGAGGUAUCGAUAUCAAGGACGUCUCCUUGGUCUUGAACUAUGACAUGGCAAAGUCUAUCGAGGAUUACACCCAUCGUAUAGGAAGGACA